AUGGGGGGUACGCAGUCGGCGCCGGUCACGGACACGGCCCCAUUCUCCGUGGUUCCAUCCACCCCGGCGAUCCCCAAGGCGCCACGGACGUCGGUCGUUGGCGAGACGGAGGACGGAGCACUCUCUCGGGCAGCCAAGCUCGCGCAGGCCGCGCCGCAGCUCUCGAUGGUCCGGCCGCACCUUUUGAUCGCCGGACAUCGCGCGCAAUGGCCGACGGCAGGCGACUACGCACUGAUCAACUGCGCGCGCGAAGCUCUCUUUCCUGACGACUGCGUACCGCCGGCACAUGUCCGGCCCAUCUUGUCGUUGGCGCUGCGGGACGGGCCCAGCCAGGAGCUAUUGCCGUUCUUGCCGCGCGUGCUCGCGGCCAUGGCCGACGCCGGCGUCGUCGUGCUGCUCUGCCAACAAGGAGUGUCGCGGUCCUGCUCGUUUGCGAUCGCAGCGCUCAUGUGCAACGAAGGCCUUUCGUACGCCGACGCCUUUGCGACAGUGAAAGCGGCCCGACCGAUUUGCAGCCCGAACCCGGGCUUCCUCUGUCAGCUGCUUGAGCUCGAGACGUACCGCACCGAUCGCAGCAAGCGCCCGCCCGUCUAUUGCUUCGGCCCCCACGGCGCCCACGAUGCUCAUACAUGGGUGCUCACCGCGUGCCAUGUGCCCAACUCGCGCCGCGCCGCUCGCCCGACUCAAGUCGAGCGCCAUACCAAGGCCCUUUUAGCCUACUGCUUGCCGGAAGCCGUGCAUGUAUGGUGCGGCGCGACCGCUGAGACAUCGCAAGUCGGCCCAAUGGAGCAUGAGAUUCGCGAGCUCUAUGCACGGUCGACGGCGUUCCUAUCGCUUCUGCAAACGACCUCCGAGACCGCCUUUGCGUACGGUUGCUACGAUGUGGUCGCGCCACCGACGCCGCCCCUUCUCGUUGUCGAGCCAGAGACACCAAUUGCAACAGCCAGUCGGGCGGUCUUGUCCGUGGCGACGCAUCUCGAUGGACCGUGGGAGGUGCUGCGCGAUGCCUCGACGGCAUUCGUGUGGCUUGGCGCCGACCACCCGGCCACGCCAAGCGACGUCGUUUCCGCCAAGCUUCGCGCCGCCGGCGCCAUCGGGCCCAUCACGAUCGUGCUCCAAGGCGACGAAGGCGAGCCUUUCUGGGACGCCUAUGAAAGCGGCUACUGA